CAGGUGUGUGUGGUUCUGUGUGUGUGUGUGGACAGGUAAAGCUGAAGUGUUUAUGGGAGUUUAGUUCCAACCGAUUUAGUUAGUUUGGCACAAGGACGAUUUGAAUAGCCUACAUACAUUUUGAUCGUGGCUCAUGCGCUUUGCCGAGAGACGGAGGUGAAUUCUACACGUCGAUCGAUCAUAUUUCAGAUGUUGCAAUCUCAGAUACGGACCUAAUAGACUAAAGUCGACAUUCUGCAGGAUAAUAAAGGACCACAUGAACAUGAAGAAAACGUAUUCAGGCAUUGCGAGGUCCACCAGCGGCAGGCUGAGGAGGCCAGAGAGAGCCGAGGCAACAAGUCCUACUGGUACUGGUUCUGGUUCUGCACUAAAGAGGUCAUUUGAAGUGGAGGAGGAUACAUCCACAAACCCAUCCCCUCUUUCACGUAGAACGACCAAUCCUCUGCGCUCGUCCACCUCUUCUGCGAGCAGCCGUUUCCACGACAUGAGGUCGCUCAACUCCGAGUCCACCUCCAGGCAUGCUUCGGAGUCCUCCUCCAACCAGCGCUCUCCAAAGUCCAGCCUGAGGCGCAUAGAGUUAUUGGGGGGCCGUGUCCCAGAGACUGUGUCGCGCAGGACAGAGAUCUCCAUCGACAUCUCCUCCAAGCAGGUGGACAGCUCACCCAGUCCCGGUAUCGCCCGUUUCGGCUUGAAGAGACCAGAGGUCUCGCUCCAGAGUAAAGCCACAGACGGGCCUCUUCACAGAAGGGCUGAGGGUAACAACAGCAGACCCCAGGAACCUCCAACACCCCCUAGGAGAGCUGACCCACCAGUAUCUGCGUCCCGGAUCCCUGAGCUGUCCCAGAGGCGAGCAGAGCCUCCCAGCCCUCUUGAGAUCUCGGCUCCGACUAGACGGGCUGAGAUGCACAUUAACAGACAGCUGGACACACCGUCUCCUGCAAGGGAUUCGGAGAACAGCUUCACCUCCGCAGCCAGCAUCACUCCUACCUUCAAUGAAUACAAAACCCCUCCGUCAGUACAUGAAGCCCCCCUAAGGCCUCUGGAGAGGUCAGAGGUCAUUUCCAGCUACAGCAGCAGUAGCAGCAGCAGUAGCAUCAUGGCAGAGUCUGUUAUACCAGAGAUGCCCCCAGCCAUGUGCCUGGAGAAACCCAGCGUCGACUUCAGCUAUGUGGGCAUUGAUGCCAUCCUGGAGCAGAUGAGGAGGAAGGCCAUGAAACAGGGCUUUGAGCUCAACAUCAUGGUAGUGGGUCAGAGUGGUUUGGGGAAAUCCACACUGAUGAACACGCUCUUCAAGUCUAAGGUGAGCCGCAAGUCUUUCCUGGGCACGGCUGAGGAAAAGAUUCCCAAAACCAUCGAGAUCAAGUCCAUCAGUCAUGAUAUAGAGGAGAAAGGAGUUCGAAUGAAGCUGACGGUGAUAGACACACCAGGGUUUGGUGACCAAAUCAACAACGAGAAUUGUUGGCAGCCCAUAAUGAAGUUCAUCAAUGACCAGUAUGAGCAGUACUUGCAGGAAGAGAUUAAUAUUGAUAGGAAGAAGAGGAUCCCAGACUCACGAGUGCACUGCUGCAUAUACUUCAUACCACCCACAGGACACUGUCUUAGGCCUUUGGAUGUGGAGUUCAUGAGACGUCUUAGUAAGGUGGUGAACAUCGUUCCUGUCAUCGCUAAGGCUGACACCCUGACUCUGGAAGAGAGGGACUUCUUCAAAAAGAAAAUCAGGGAAGAGCUUCGAGCCAAUGGGAUUGACGUCUACCCACAGAAAGAGUUCGAUGAGGAUGCGGAGGACAGAAUGAUCAAUGAGAAAAUAAGAGAGAUGAUUCCUUUCGCAGUAGUAGGAAGUGACCAGGAAUAUCAGGUCAAUGGGAGAAGACUAUUGGGAAGGAAAACAAAAUGGGGAACCAUUGAAGUUGAGAAUAUUGCCCACUGUGAGUUUGCCUACCUGCGGGACCUGCUCAUAAGAACCCACAUGCAGAACAUUAAAGACAUCACCAGCAGCAUCCACUACGAGAUGUACCGCGUCCGUCGGCUCAACGAGAACAACACUCAGGCCAACGGCCUCGGCGAGCACCACCCGGCCUGCCACGAAAUCUAGCUCCCUAUCCAAACCACCCCUCCACCCCACAUUCCUCACUCCUCUCCAAUCCCCAAUCCUCUUGUUCCACCCCCUUCCAUCAGCCGCGGACUGAGGUGAAGAGGUCCAUCUAGAAAAGCACAUAAUGACUUUACCUCCCAGAAACUCCAGCACAGUGCCCUUAAACCCUCACGCCCACUGCACGGGCACCGGAGGGCUGAAGAGGUCAGAAAUACAACCGCUAAAGAGCUACUCCAUAUACUGCAUGCGUUUGACUUGCUCUGCUGAUGCUCCAGGUCUGUGUGCAGAGGUUGAUUGUGAGGCAGGUUCUGAUUGGUCAAGCUGUGCGGACAGCUCUUCACAUGCAACUUUUCUUCCUUUUUUUUUUUUUUUUUUUUUUUUUUUUGAUAGGAGAUUGCUCGGAAGGCUCCUUUUUACGUGAUUUGUUGAAUGCUCUCUUAAUAUUUAUGCUUCAUUUUGAGCGAGACCGAUGAGAAACGAGGAUGAGCUGAUGUGGCAGCACCAUUAUAAAACUACAGAUUAUCUGACGUCUUUCCCUCCAAAUGUAUACUUCUUGCCUACGGCGUUGUAGAGAACCUGGUGUGCCGAUAGUGGUUCCUGCUGUUUGUUUUAUCACAUCUGUGCAAAUAAUUACAGGAAAACUGACUCAUUGGAUCCCUGGUACCAUAUAAAAACAAUAAUGAUUGAAAUUACAGCUUUGGGAUUUGUGUUGGAAUGAUUAUCUGAAUAGUAAACAAAAUAGUAUUUAUGUCGAUGAAAUGGGAUCGUUAUGUACUUUAUACAGACGAUCUUAUUUAUUGCAGAAUGUGACCUGAACUGGAAGGAGAAUGGCAGUGGGUUCAAUAGGUUUUUAAUAAAUCAUUUAAUGUUGUGUAUAAACCCGGUACACCGUUUUUAUCAGGCAGUAUUCAGUGCCAUUUAUCUUAAACCUUCCAGACCGCCUCAUACUCUUCCAGUCAUGCCAAAUAUGUGGAAAUGCGCACCAUCUUUUGUCAGUUUAAGUGUCUUGUUUUGUCUUAGCCUCGAGGAAAGGGCCUACAGGAGAGGGAACUUAAAGUGCCUUGAAAGCUGCCUGCCACAUCUGAUGAGGAGCCACUUUUAAGAACGGUGCAAUUCCUCAGGCUUUGUUCUUGUCUGCAAGCCCCUUUAUAAAUGCUCGUCAUUGGGAAAAUAUCUUUGUUUUGUCCUGUGCUGUAUAUUCAUAGUGAUUAAAUUUUUGUAUUGGUAUUCAGAGUAACACAAAUAACUUUGAUAUCCUGUUAUUUUAAAGAAAUAAAGAUUUAAAUGAUUA